UGGAGCCUCGACGAGUAAAGAGAGUCGAGGCAGAUCGUUGAGCCGAGGAUUGAACGUGCGCGAACCUCGAGGUAUUCCCCCACGGUAUGAGUCAUCGGGCGCAGUUUCACACAGUUUCGGGCAAAGGAACCUGCGAUCCGUGUGUGCUGCUUUCAAGUUCUCCGUAACAAGGAUCUUGAACAUCUUUUUAGUCGGGCCAGAGUACAUUCUUUAAUAGAGGUUAUAAACGCCGCGAACUUGAUCAUCGACUUUUCCUUUCGCGCAAGGAAACAAGCAGGCAAUCUCGUUGCGCCUCGACGACGUAAACAUGAAGCUUGACGUGUCGGACGUACUUUACGACAGCUCGAGCGUGUCCAGCGACAGCGGGACGUCACAGAGCUCCCGCGUCAGCCAUGAUUUUCUCUCCAGCAUCACAAAUUCGUCCAUACUACCUAGCAACCUCGUUUCACUGGACGGACUGCAUAGCGGAGUGCCGACCAGGACGACGCCGACGUUGACACCAACGACGCUGCGAAGCAUCGAACAGACUUUUCUGGAGCUGACCAGCGAGCCAGCGUCGCACAGUCGCGAGGCAGGGUUCGUGCCACCGUUGGUGGAACCUUCGCAACCGACGCCGGCACAAACGCAAAACACGGCGGCGCAUCACGUCGUUACCACCACAGUCGUCGCCCCCGUGGCCGCUAAUACCACCCUCGUGGAUAGCCAACAGACACAGCCACAGCAGCCAGCGAGACGCAAUAUGGGUGGUAGAAGGCCCACCAGGCCGAUCGGGAUGACGCCCGAGGAGGAAGAACGAAGACAGAUACGCAGGGAGAGAAAUAAGAUGGCAGCAGCUAGAUGUCGCAAGCGAAGAAUGGAUCAUACCAAUGCCCUGCUAGAAGAGACUGAGGGUUUGGAACAAAAGAAACAAAGCUUGCAAGAAGAAAUCCAGCAGUUACAGCAGGCCAAAGACGAGCUCGAGUUUAUUCUAGAAGCUCAUAGAACAGUUUGUCGACUCCGUUCUGCGUCUCCUCAGGAUGUGAAACCCGUGAUAAAGCCAGAGCUUCCGACGGAGGAUCAAUUCGCGGCUGCAGCCGCAGCUGCGGCUGCUGCCGCUGAAAGCACGAAACGCGAGGCGGUGAACGCCGCUGCGAGACCGAAUAGACCGAAUUCGUUGCCAGUUGGCUUCGACAAUAACAAUCGACCGAACUCCUUGUCGAUCUUCAGCGAACCGAAAGAAAGGCCGGACACGCUUACGUUUAAGACAAUUGAAACGCCGUCGUUCAUGAAACCAUCCAUGGACGUCGCGGGAAUGCCGAUCACCACACCAACUAGCGGCAUACCGUUUAACUUCGAAUCGUUGAUGGAGGGCGGCACCGGUCUUACGCCUGUUUCCACGCCUCUGAUACCUUCCUGCUCAACGCAACAGAGAAACAACGUUUCCGCCGUCGAUCUCAGUUCUCCGGAUGCAAAUUCACCGAAGCUGGUGAGUUUGUGACGCCAAGACGACCUCGAGUACGGAUCAAAUGAGGAUGAUCCCGAAUGAGAUGUCGCCAUAUUUGAUAUGAACAAUUUGAUAUAAAAAUUGUGUACAGAGGACGAGGACCAUGACCGCCGCGAUGAACGAGGAGAGAAGAUGGGCUUGUUGAAUUCUUUUUUCGAAAUACAACGCAUUACCAGAGAGAGAAUUUUGCCAUACGGUUGUCAUUGAAAUCAUGUAUCGUUGGACAGUAUUAAUUUGGGACGGAAACAGAAGUAUCCUCUUAAAGUAUCCGAAUUUGUCACUUCCAUUGUUUUAUUGAUCGACAACGAUCGGCGGAGUAAUACGCGUUCGAUUGCAUUUUUCCAACUGGAGUUGGAAGAGAAAUUUUCUAUUCACAUGCGAAGAAACGGUUUAAUAAUAAAAAUCGAUAUGACGGCACCGCUCGUUAUAUAUGUACUAUCCGAUUGUAUAGAGACGUCCCAAGUUACCGUUCUUGUGAGAUUUUGGUAACUUUUUCGAUGACAAUUUUCUGCAAGAACCAUACAUCGAGAAAAUUCAGUAUUUGCGUUUCUGUCAUGGAUUUACGCGUCGUAAAAUAAGCUUGUCGAACAUAUUUGCAUCUCUAUGCGAAGUAACUUUGGUAAAUUCAUCUUUGAGGCUAAUAAAAAGGAAAGAAACUAAGGAAAGUAGAAUUUUUCUUAUCACUAACGCGCGCUUUAGGGACGUAAUUUUGCGUAGACGUUCGAAAAAAGAAGCAAAGUAUUUUUUUGCAUCAUUUAAUAAAUAAUCGUAGGCAUGCGAGAUGCCUACAUAUGCAAGUGAUAUAUAAUAUAAUAUAUAUAUAAUUGUAUUUAACUCGUGCGAACGUUUUUACGCAAACAAAUUAGAAUUAUGUGAACCAAGCAUAUUAAGAUUGCCACGGUUUCUUUUUCUUUUUUGUAAGAGAAGUCGCCGUAGUUAAUGAAUUAAUUUUUUACGUAACGUCGGCCGAGAAGAAAACCGUAUUUAGAAGUUUAAGACGAUCGAUUUUAGCGCUCAAAACCAUUUCGUAGAUUAAGGAGGACGCAUAUAGGACGACAAUUUUUGAAUCGUGCCUGAUUUUCAGUCAUGCGUGUAUCACGCGAUUCUAAGGUGACAAACCUCUGCGGCUCGACAACGACAAAAUAUAUACAUACAUAUAUAUUUUUUAUUGAAAACUCGGAGAAUGUUAUUUUCCUCGCAUUCCCGGGAAACGAGAAUUACGUCGAAGCCGCGUUUGGUACGCGUAUGAACGGAAGUGGAAGAUUUUUACGUGCAACUGGCGUGUUUGCAAGUCUCUCACCCUAUAACAUGUAAUCCCUCCAUACAUAUAAUAUAUAUACAUACAUAUAUUUUACUAUGUAUGACAUUUUUGCAUGAUCUUUAAGCAAUAUUAAUAUAUUUAUACGCGGCUGCUGCUUGCGAGGUUGGCCGGUAUUUUUCGAUAAGACUUUCUUCUUUCUGUUACAUUUGCCUUUUUUAUCAUUGUAUACGUACGUAUAGAUUCUUAAAGAAAGAAAUCGUUUUACGAGCUGUUCGAUCUCAGCCACGUAAUCGGCGGCCGCGAUCGACGAUCGUAAAUAA